AUGAGGCCGCUUACAACAAUAUUGCUUGCAACAGCCCAUCUGCUCCUUGGCCCGGUGCCAACUUCAUCCGCAGCAUGGCUGGAACCAAGACAUCACCUUACAAACCGUGGCGGUUUUGCAAAGAUGGGGAGUGGAAUCAAGGCGGUAGUGCAUCCUCACCUGGAGCUGGUCGGCAGUGGCACGUUCGAUCAGCUCCUUGAUCAUCAUAACCCCUCCAAGGGUACCUUCAAGCAGCGGUAUUUCUGGGAUGCCUCGAGCUGGGCCGGUCCUGGCUCGCCUGUUUUCCUCUUUAACCCUGGCGAGGAUUCUGCAGACGGCUAUGUUGGAUAUCUCGACAAUCGUACACUUCCUGGGCUAUACGCCGAUACCUUUCAGGGGGCUGUCAUAGUAAUAGAACACCGCUACUGGGGCAAGAGCAUCCCCGUCGACAUCCUGACGGCCGAAACUCUCCAGUACCUGGACGUGCCCCAAAGCAUCAUGGACAUGACGCACUUCGCCAAGACGGUGCAGCUGAGCUUCGACAAGUCUGGCAACGGCGGUGCCAACGCGGACAAGGCACCCUGGGUACUGAUCGGCGGCUCGUACUCCGGCGCCCUCGCGGCUUGGACGCAAAAGCUCAGCCCUGGCGUGUUUUGGGCAUACCACGCCACGUCUGCCGUCAUCGAGGCCGUGCACGACUUCCACACCUACUUUGCGCCCAUCGAGGCGGCCCUUCCGCGCAACUGCAGCGCCGACGUCCGCGCCGUCGUGGCCCACGUCGACCGCGUGCUCGACUCGGGCAACUCGACGGCCGCGCGGCUGCUAAAGCGCAUGUUUGGGCUCGAGCACCUCCGCCACGACGAUUUUGCCGAGCAGAUCACCACGCCCAUCUGGAAGUGGCAGGGGGAUCACAGUGCCGUCUUUGCCUUUUGCGACUAUAUGCAGUCAGACGACGGGAGGAUCGUGAACGUCGACCUGGCCAGCGACAAGGGGCUUGGCCUGGAGAAGGCGCUGCCGUUGUAUGCGAGGUUCGUGAACGACACACGAGGAGAGGUUUGCCGGCAGUUCAACUGCGACUCGCACAGCAAUGCGCGGGGAUUCAACACACCGACGGACCUCUCGGGCAGGAGACAGUGGGACUGGAUGCUAUGCCACAACCCUUUCGGCUGGUGGCAGGUCGGCCCGCCAAAAUCGGACGGCACCAAUAUCGUGUCAUCGCACAUGCGCCCGGAGCACUUCUCGCGGCAGUGCGCCCUCAUGUUCCCUACGACGGGCGGCUUCAACAGCGGUUCGGUGAGGGGCUUCACCGAGUCGAUGCUGAACGCGUGGACGGCCGGCUGGGACGCCGACUUUGAGCGCGUCAUCUUUUGCAACGGCGGCGACGACCCCUGGAACAGCGCCACCGUAACCUCCAAGUUUCGACCGGGCGGCCCGCGCCGGUCCACCGACAAGGCCCCCGUGUUUGUGAUCCCUGGCGGCAUCCACGUGCCUGACCUGAUCGUGGACGACACGCCCUCGGAGAGCCUGGUUGUGGCCCAGGAGCUUGAGAUAAUGGGGAGGUGGCUGGGAGAGUGGAUUGAGGAGCAUAGCCGGGAACCUUGA